UUGCAUCCGGAGGCGGCCGUCGUGCGGCUCCUUCCCGCCUCGAGAGUGAGGUGGCCGGGCCUUGACGAGAAGGCCCACGCCUGCCGCGGGGGUGGCUCGCGAUGGCAGUCGGGGUUCGAGUCCCGCCUGGGGGGCUGCUCCUGCUGGAGAAAACGCCUCCCUGAGGGCGGCGGCAAACGCGCAGCGAGGCCCCGUGCCGCGCCGGAAGCCACCCUGAGAAAGGGGCACCGGGACACCGUGGGAUUCCCACUUUCUCCUCAGCCUGUGACGCCCACGUCCUCGGGUGGGUUCGAGGGGCGCCUGGGCACGGCCAGCCGAGGCUCUCGAGAGCCCCAACGUCGUUUUCCACCUCAGGCCUCCUUUCCUGAGGCAGAGCCCGGGACCUCGCGCUCUCGCCUCAGGCUCCGGCCCACGCUCCCGCCCGGCCGCCAGGCGCGCAACGGAAAGCGCCCCCGCCCCGCCCCGCUCCGCCCACUGCGUGACGCGCACCCGGCCGAGCCAAUCAGAGCUCGUGGCGCGCGCCCCACACGCCGGCCCCCUCCGCCCCUCAGCUUAAGAAAGGGCGCGCGGACCGGGCAGGCCAGAGUGCAGAGCAGCGCGGUGGAUGCGGCUGUGAGACGGCGGGAGACUUCUGCCCCGCGGUGCACGCGACCCUCGAGACGACAGCGCGGCUACUGCCAGCAGCGAAGGCGCCUCCCGCGGAGCGCCCCGACGGCGACCGCUCGCCCAUGCCGAGCUGAGCGCGGCAGCAGCGGCGGGAUGCUGGCGCUGCUGGCCGCCAGCGUGGCGCUAGCCGUGACCGCCGGGGCCCAGGACAGCCCGGCGCCCGGUAGCCGCUUCGUGUGCACGGCACUGCCCCCGGAGGCGGUGCACGCCGGCUGCCCGCUGCCCGCGAUGCCCAUGCAGGGCGGCGCGCAGAGUCCCGAGGAGGAGCUGCGGGCCGCGGUGCUGCAGCUGCGCGAGACCGUCGUGCAGCAGAAGGAGACGCUGGGCGCGCAGCGCGAGGCCAUCCGCGAGCUCACGGGCAAGCUAUCGCGCUGCGAGGGGCUGGCGGGCGGCAAGGCGCGCGGCGCGGGGGCCACGGGCAAGGACACUAUGGGCGACCUGCCGCGGGACCCCGGCCACGUCGUGGAGCAGCUCAGCCGCUCGCUGCAGACCCUCAAGGACCGCCUGGAGAGCCUCGAGCACCAGCUCAGAGCAAACGUGUCCAAUGCUGGGCUGCCCGGCGACUUCCGCGAGGUGCUCCAGCAGCGGCUGGGGGAGCUGGAGAGGCAGCUUCUGCGCAAGGUGGCAGAGCUGGAGGACGAGAAGUCCCUGCUGCACAAUGAGACCUCGGCUCACCGGCAGAAGACCGAGAGCACCCUGAACGCGCUGCUGCAGAGGGUCACCGAACUGGAGCGAGGCAAUAGCGCCUUUAAGUCACCAGAUGCGUUCAAGGUGUCCCUCCCGCUCCGCACAAACUACCUAUACGGCAAGAUCAAGAAGACGCUGCCUGAGCUGUACGCCUUCACCAUCUGCCUGUGGCUGCGGUCCAGCGCCUCACCAGGCAUUGGCACCCCCUUCUCCUAUGCGGUGCCGGGGCAGGCCAACGAGAUCGUGCUGAUCGAGUGGGGCAACAACCCCAUCGAGCUGCUCAUCAACGACAAGGUUGCGCAGCUGCCCCUGUUUGUCAGUGACGGCAAGUGGCACCACAUCUGUGUCACCUGGACGACACGGGAUGGCAUGUGGGAGGCAUUCCAGGAUGGAGAGAAGCUGGGCACUGGGGAGAACCUGGCCCCCUGGCACCCCAUCAAGCCCGGGGGCGUGCUGAUCCUUGGACAAGAGCAGGACACCGUGGGGGGUAGGUUUGAUGCCACUCAGGCAUUUGUCGGGGAGCUCAGCCAGUUCAACAUAUGGGACCGCGUCCUUCGCGCACAAGAAAUUGUCAACAUCGCCAACUGCUCCACAAACAUGCCGGGCAACAUCAUCCCGUGGGUGGACAAUAACGUCGAUGUGUUCGGAGGGGCCUCCAAGUGGCCCGUGGAGACGUGUGAGGAGCGUCUCCUUGACUUGUAGCCGCCUUCUCCUCUGUCCAGGAGGCCGGGAUCAGGCUGUUGCCAUGGAAGUUCAGGGCCAUAGACUCCCCCACUUAAACUCUUGUCAGUCUGGGCUCAGGGUUCCCAGAACUCAUUCCCCAGGGAUCUCUAAGACCAGGGCUGGGGCAGUGUCUGUCACUGGCUUGUUUGUUCCCUACCAAGAUUCUGUUGCUAUUUGAAGUAGUGCCAGGGUCCCCUGGGAAGAUGCCCCCAAGACACGAGUGGGUGGAUAUCUGCAUUCCUGCUGCAAGUGGAGGCAGGUCCAGCAGCCCCUCUUCAGAGCCCCUGUAAAUGCUAUCGCAGCCUGAGUCCUGCCGCCUUCCAGUUCCUUGGUGUCCCGUGCACCCCUUCUGUCUGUCCCCUUUCAUGGCUGUGCAGCGGUCCCGCUGGAGUGGCCAUGUCCCUUGUGCAUUGAGUGCGUCCCCGCUGGUGACUAAGCUCGCAGCAAGCGGCUACCCCCCGAUCUGCAAAAGGGCCUCUCCCUUUGUGUUCUAUACAUUGUGAAUCUUCCCGUCUGAAGAACGCCCAGCCUGCCCAGACAAAGCCCCGCCUUCCCCAAAGCAGAGGGGCUGUCUGUGUCUCCAGAAAGGGGGCAAUGGGCGGGGGGGGGGCUCAGAAAGGAGAAGGGCUGUGAUCUCCAGUCCCUUCCACCAUCAUCCUUCCUUAGACUGAUGCUUUGACUGAAUCAUCACUAGCUAUGGCAUUAAAAGGCCUCUCUUCUCAUCUGGUGCCAAAGGUUCCGUUGCAGCUUUUUACAACCAUCCGGUGUGGUUUGGAGGAUUUGUUUUUUUUUUCCCCACAGAAAAGAACAGCCAUUAGAAGAAGGCUCCCAUUUUCUGAUGUUCCACCCCACUGUGAAGAGUGUGCUCGUUUUAAAUUCAUGUUGAUUCUUGUAAGCACUGGACUGUCUUCAUCAAGUAUUUCCCUACAGAACUCCUCAAGAAAACAGAGAUCAUUUGGCUAGAGAUUGGCUGAGUGACUCCAAGCUACUCACUGUAUUGGACGGGAGUAGUAAUUUAUUUUAAAGAUAAAGUGACAAAGUGGGGAAAUUUAUAAAGCUAAAUAUUAUAUAUUUUAUUUUUCAUACAUGUUUGAAGUGCAAAUCUGUGGAUAUUCCAUUUGUAGGACCAAGUCGACAUGCCCAUCCUGACAUUGUAUGCUACAAGAACUCUUCUGAUGAUGGAAUUUCGAUUAAAGUGCACUGAAAGAUG